AUGUCGGACAGAGAGCAAAAUGACGAUUACAAAAAUGAUGAGGGACGAUUAUCAUAUCCAGAUGAAGAUUCAAGACAUCAUUCGCGAGAACCUGAAGAUCCGAGGGAUCCUAGGAGAAGUUCGAGGAGAUCACCGAGUUAUGAUGAACAGAGGACAAACUACAGAGAUGACCCUCGUAAAAGCCCGGAUGAUAUGGACAUCGAGCCUGAGCGACCAGAAAGUCCAAACGGUUCUCCGAGACAGGGUGACAGAAGAAACAAUCAAACUCGCGGCUCAGCUGAUUUCCAAAAAAUGAACUGGAAAGUGGUGAGUCGAGUGUUGAUACCAGCUAAAACGGCUGGCAGUGUGAUUGGCAUUGGCGGGAGCACGAUAAAGCAACUCAGGGAAGAAUACGGUUGCUCAGUGAUGAUUCCAGAUUCGAAUAGUCCGGAAAGAAUUCUCACAAUCAGAACGCAAAACUAUCAUCUCGGAGGGAAAGUGAUUGGAAGAUGUGCAGAGCAACUAGACGAGUUCUUGCGAAAAAACAUUCCAAUUCGUUUGAUGGUCUCCGAAAUAGCCCUAUCCGUACUGCCAGAUGAUCUUGAAAGCUAUUGCAAAAGUGAAUGGAACGCUGAUAUCAGAAUUAUGCCCAUGAAUUGCCCAUUUUCCACAGAUCGAUUGAUCAUCAUUGGAGGAUCUCCAAAUGCCAAGGGAAGCUCAUCUGGGUACAUUCUCGAUACGAUUCAUGAAUCUAACGUUGACGAAAGCAAUGCCAAGCCUUACAAUCCCGACCGCUGGAACAACUCAGAAUACGGCGGCUUCGGAGGCAGCUAUAUGAACGACAAUCUUUUACGCGACCAGCGAGUCCGAGACAAUCAACAACAAUCAAGCAAGCCCGUCCAAAUAUCUGCCCCACAGCCAGUCAGAGACAAAUUUGGAAGGGAUCAAGUUUGGAUCAAGAAAUUUACACUCCCUUCGAAGUACUUCAUCUAUAUUGUCGGCAACGCAGGGGCAAGGAUAGAAGAGAUUCGAAAAGGGACAAACACGCUGAUAAAAUACGGCCCGGAGCAGGAUGGUCAAAGACUCAUUCAGACUGAAAUAAAACCAAAGAUGACUGAGACAGCUAACACUGGCUUGGACAGCGCUUACGUCAAGGAGCAGCUUGGUGAUGUUCUGACCGAUCUUCUCUCCGAACUCGUGCAGGUGCAGCCCAGCGACCCCAUUGAAUGGCUUGCCAAUGCUUUGAGACAGCACGCCCGCGCCCAAUCGACUCCAGCGGCGACUGCUUAG